AUGGCGCCGAUCAAGCCCUCCUCGCCCUCGUCGAUGAGCCGCGCAGCCCCCCGCCGCCGCUCCGCUCGCCUUAGCGGUGCCAAACCGGCCACCGCCGAACACCUUGAAUCAGCAUCCUCACUUGUCUUAGAUCCUGCGCAUCCCGGCACGAUCCCGCGACGCCGCUCCCCAAGGCUGAGUGGCGCAAGUGCUGCGGAGCCCGUCACUGCCCUCGCCCCAGCGCGCCCGGUCCGCCGCAAGGCUGCCGCGGUACCAAAGGCCAUCGACGAGGCAGCGUCUCCGCAGACACAUGCUAAGAGCCGCAGCAGCGCAGUGACCGAGAGCCAAGCUGGUGUUGCCAAAGAGGUCAAAGCAAGUGAGCCAUCCGACGAGAGCAUGAACACUGGCGGCCAGGCAUGCGAAGGAUUCAGCGACAGCCAGAGUGAGUCGGAUGAGGGCACCACCCAUGCGGCAUCCCCUCCAUCCCCUGGGCCACGCUCUCCCAACCACCGCAAGUCUCCUUCGCCCUCGCCUCGUAAGCGCGCCCUGCCUCGCAAGCACACCCCGCCCAGACACGCGCAGCCCUCCCAGAUCAGGAUGCGCCGCAUCCGCAUCCUCCUGGCCCGCACCGCCGGCGUGCUCGGAGCAGCUGCCGUGGGGCUGGCAGUGUACCGGUGUCUCAGGCUCCACGACCUGGCGACCGCUAGCCGCGCCCUGGCGUGGAAGCCAUUCCGCGAUCGCAAUUGA